ACCAAAAAGGAAAUCAGAGACGAAGCCAAUCAAUCAAUCGCCCUGUCAGCGGCUGCCAUUCAUGAGCAACUGCUGUGAAAGAGGACGGGCUUUCUCCUCCAUCUCACAUCAUCAUCAUCAUCACCACCACCUCCACCAUCAUCAUCACCAGUGUUGGUCACGUGGUACGACGGGAGCAGGCGGUGGGUGUGUCUAAUCGCGUGUGGUUUCAUUCAUAACUACAGUUUUUAUUUGAAGCCUAAAUUAAAGUAUGCAGGCGGGACAGGCUGCCUGUGGACCGCAGCUUCAAACGAAGUCUACAGCCGGGCUGAGAGCAGACGACGCAGAGAUGUGGGACAGCCUCGAUCGGCAGGUUUUCGGAGGAGAGAGGAAGACGCUGCUGCUGGUGCUGAUGCUGAAGCUGCUGCUGCUGCUGCUGAGCGCCGCCGGCUGCGGCGGGUCGCUGUAGGCAGCCUGCGCAGAGCGGAGGGAGGCUGCUUCAACACCGCCUGUAUAGACCGGUUCACUCACGCUGACCUGGACCAUGAGCAAUGAUUUGCCUAUUCUGACAAGUCUGACUGAGAACUCCACUGAUGUGCCUGUGUCUGCGGGCCAGGCGGAGAACUAUGUGCUGCUGUUGGUGCUGCUCAGUGUUUUUGCUGGGGGGAUGCUGGUCCUGCUCUCCCUGCUGCUCCUCUUCUGUCACCGCUGCUGCAUGAGUGGAAGGCGCUACUCCAGAGCCAGCGAUGACCUUGAGAAGACAAACACCACCUACGCUGAGGAUUCUCAGCCCACUCAAGAGAUCACCAUUCAUCUGGAUGAAUCAGAUGCUCUCUCAGCUGCAAGCUGUCACGAUGGAGAGUCAGAGCGAUUUGUCUCCACUGGAUCGACUGGUCGCAGAGUCUCCUUCAAUGAAUCUGCACUUUAUGAACAGGAGAAGACGACUCAGGGCAAAGCACGCAGGUACACUCUGACAGAGGGAGACUUCCACCACCUGAAAAAGGCCCGACUGACUCACCUUCACCUGCCUCCGGCCCCAUGUGACCUGAAGAUCCUCACCAUCAUGGAGUGUGACUCAACAGAAAGCAGCACCGGCAACAUCAGCGAGACUGCAGUUCCCAAACUGCCCCUGAGCAUUUACCAGCCCACCGAGAGAGGAGUCCCCAGCUGGUUGGGACAGGGCCUCAGUGGAGGUCUCCCAGGAGACCCUCACCACUCCACUAUCCUGGACCAGAGCCCCACACAGGCCUCAUCAGCUAUGAAAACACAGCACACACGGUCCAAGAAUAUGGAGGCUGUGGGGGACAGGGGAGAGGCUGGGAACGAAAGGGGAAUGAGAGGAGAGCUGUCUCAAGCUCCGGGCCAAACUUCAGUUCUACAUUUCUUCUCUAAACUGCGGCGCCAUGCCAGUCUGGAGGGCGCAGGGCCUUACUUCAGGAGGUGGAAGUUUGACAGCAGUCACCGAGCUGCCAGCCUGGAUGCCAAAGGAUCCCCUAAGAGAAGGCCUUUCCAGAGACAGAGAGCAGCAAGUGAAACCACCGAUCACACCGAAGACGACUCUUCUCCACUCCGAGAUGAGCUCAUUGAAUCCUUCCCACACACUCCCAUCCAGACCAGUGGCCUCCAGUCCCUGUCUGCAGAGUCUCUGUCUCACCCGACCACUGCACCAACAUCCUCAGUCUUCCUCAGCAGGCUCAAACUGGAAGCCAUGGUGGAGAUAGGUGACAGCAGCAGCACCAGACACCGGGAUUUCUGUUCUUUAGCAAAAGAUUGCAGCACCCUGAGGCACGAGGAAGCCACAGCCAAUGGAACAGGAACAGAAAAGGAAAGAAAGUUUGGUGCAGUUAUGAGAACAGAAGCCACAGGUCUUGAGUUACAAUCAGUAGAAGAUGACGACUUGUUUGGGACACAACAGGAAGCUGCCAUACAGGAAAGGUCUGAAGACAUGUUAAGAAAAACUAAAGACGCAAAGACAGACCUCAUGACAUCAGAGGUGAGGAAAAAGAGUGAGGCAGAGGUAGAUGACGGGGACGAGGUGGUGCUGGGAGCUGAGGCCAGAGGGAGAGCCGACUCAGGCUCAUCUCUUUCCUUCAUGAUUCGACAGGAGAGCUCGGAGGCUCCUCCCUCCCUGUACAGAGACAUUUGGAGCUUGCGAGCCUCUCUGGAGCAAUACGCCUCCUCAGACCAGAGCAGCACAGAUCGUGAAUCCAUCCGCAGUGAUGCUGACAGCGUAUCGUCCCUUGGUGGUGCAGGAGCUCGCUGUGGCCUGGACAGUUGCUUGUCCCAAGACCUGGAUGAUGAGCCCGAAGGAGAAGGAGAGGGAGAGGUGUUGGGGGGAGGAGUCAGAGGGGCGUCAGGUGGGGACAGUGAGAUGGGGAGUGCAGCCGGAGGAGAGGGUGAGGCAGGGAACCGUAAACUCCUCCAGAUGGAUAGUGGCUACGCUUCCAUUGAAGCGCCAUCUCGGGCCCCUGAGGAAAUGCGGCUUUUUGGGACUCCUGGAGCUCCUCGAGGGAAGACCGCAUCUGAGAGGCGGUUGUUUUUCACCAACUCUGGGAGAAAAGGUUCAGUGUGUGAAAGCAUGGAGGCCAAGCUGUUCCAAGAGGAGCUGGAAGAUGAGAUGACGGACAGCUCAGAGACAGGGGAGAAACUAAAGGAGAAAUCUCAAACUUGCAGCCAGUCUCUUACCAUUCAGGAACCAUAUCAACUUCUGAAAUCCCUUCAUUCUCAGAAACCUCCAGAAUCACAAUCACAGCUGAUGUCUCCUCUGAUGAAGUCAGUCCCGCCACCCUCUAGUCCUCACCAACCUCGUCUCCGCCGCCGUGACUACAGCAUCGAUGAAAAGACGGAUGCUCUUUUCAACGAGUUCCUCCGUCAUGAUCCACGGUUCGACCAGCAGGAUUCUCCACUGCGCUCCAGGCACAGAUCCAGAGUUCACCUCCGGAAACAAUGGCAGAGACACAAGCAAUACAGCGACCCAGGGUCAGGCACUGGGGGCAGGUACUCCCCAUCUUUGGAGAGGCAGAGGUUCACUCCGCUGCGGAGAGGUGACAGUGCUGGUUACCCUCUGGACACCAGGUAUCACAGCACACUCUCACGCAUUGCAAGUGCUGCAGAUGAGGAAGCCAGUGAGGUAGCAGCUUGUGAGGAAGCAGCCAAAGAGAGCACAGAGAAAAAAGAUCCAUCUAGUGAAGGAGCUACGGGGGACGCCACAGAAAGUACAGCCAACACAACAUCUGAAGGCACUGACGCAACAAAGAGUUGUGCAGAGUCGACUGGUGAGGGCGACAGCUGCCAAGACUCCACAAUAAAGGACCCAGAAAGCACAACUAGCCAGUCUUGGACCACUGGGACAACACAGAAGAGCUACAUGGAUCCAAGAGUCGACAACAGAAACAACAACAGUAGUCAAGCUAUUUUAUCAGAGGUUUCCCUGCAGGCAGAGAGCAGCCUGACAGACAAGCUGGUUGUGUCAGUGGAAGAGAGGCUUUAUAGUGGCCUGCGGAGCGCAGAAAAGCUCAGCCAGCGAGGAACGGAGCGUGUGCUUACCGUGUCUCACACAGCCUCCCCUGGCUUCAGUCCCACAUGACUUGUUAACAGUCCCAUCUUCGCCAUCAACUUUAUUUCAUACCCAUUGUCAAGUCUCAAACAGAAAAAAAUAGCACUUCAAACAUUAUCCAUGUGGUAGAUUUUUGGUCCCUCACAUUUGUACAAAGUAAACAUGGUUUGAUAACUGACACAACAAAACACAGAUAUGUUCUAAAGGACAGAAGAACCAUCUUGAUGGCCAGUCUCUUCCAUUAUUUCCAUUCAGACCUUAAUUUCCACUGUGAUAUCAUGUGACAUGUGAUGCCCCUUUUUAUUGGUAACUGUUCUUCAAAUCGAAUGCAUUCAUUACACGGCUUUAAAAAUAGAGGCCCUUCUCUGGGGGAAAAAAAAUAUUUUCAGACUUAACUGUGAAUUUUGAGCAUGCUACUGUAUGUCCAAACAAUGUGUAUGAGAAUACUGUACAGUUUUAAUUUUAAAACAAAAAGCACUUUGAUGGUAAGAAAGAUAAUGAUGGAAUUUCUGUUGCCUGUUUCUCUCAUUUUAAAAUCAUAUCCUCCUCAAGUGUCCUUCUUGUCUCGAUCAUCAUGAGGGUAAAUGUCUCCAUGAAAGCUUGUGGUUUCUAUAUUUGUGGAUAGAACACUGACCAUAUGGAGAAAACACAACAAAACAAAUUUCUUCACUGCUGCCCUCUCUCAUAAAUACCAUAUCAACAGAUCUUGAGAAUUAUGUAUAUUACAUCGUAAAAGG